GUGAAAAUUCAAUGGUUUAGAUUUUAUUUCAACUAUGGGAGCCCCUAGGCCCCAGAGUGAUAACAUGUCAGCUUCUGUUUUAUUUUUUCUUUAAGAACCGGUCCUAAUGCCUCGUUGAUAUUUUAUUAAUAUACUUACCAUUGAUUUUAUCCUAAUAAAUUCUAAAGACAGACUUGAAGUAACUCUGUCCAUAGAGGAGAGAAAAAAAAGAGACAGGGUGGUUUUAGAGAUAAAGAGCGACUCUGUAGAAAUAAAUUGUUUUCGUUGCGAUUUGUUGUUAUGGUAGCUUUCUCUUAGCAUCUGAAGAAGACGAAUAAAGAUAAAAAGGGUGCUUGGUGAGAUAUAGUUCUAAGGAUUUACUCUGAAACAAGAAGCAACACGAAGAAGAAUCGAAGAAAAAAGAUGGAGUUAUCUGAUUGCUCUAAUGAAUAUGAGAAGCUUGUUGUACGGAUGAACAUGCCCAGGGUCGUGAUUGACAAUGGAGUUUGCGCUAAUUCAACUGUCGUCAAGAUCGAUAGUGCAAGAAGCCCAGGGAUACUACUCGAAUCUGUACAGCUUCUCACCGAUAUGAAUCUUUGGAUUAGGAAAGCUUAUAUUUCCUCUGACGGAAAAUGGAAUAUGGAUGUUUUUCAUGUGAGCGAUCUUAACGGAAACAAAUUAACCGACGAGAACCUAAUCCGUUACAUUGAAAAGUCGAUCGAGACGUCACAUUACACUAAAAGUGAAGGUUACACCGGGUUAACUGCUCUAGAGCUAACCGGAACAGACAGAGUCGGUUUACUCUCCGAGGUUUUCGCGGUUCUAGCUGAUCUUUCAUGUGAUGUUGUUGAGGCUAAGGCAUGGACGCAUAACGGGAGGAUCGCGUCGAUGGUCUAUGUUAAAGACCGUAACUCAGGUAAUCCACUAGACGAAGAUUCCGACCGUGUCCAACGUAUAGAAGGGCAACUACGUAACUUACUAAAAGCAGACGAUGGUUAUCAAAACGACACGAGGACAUGCGUGUCGUAUGGUGGGAAUACACAUAUGGAGAGGAGGUUGCAUCAGAGGAUGUUUAUGGACCGUGACUACGAGAAGAAGUUUGACUCCGAGACCGGUCCGAUCGUUUCGGUACAAAAUCUACCGAAACGUGGUUACUCUGUCGUGAAUUUACAGUGCAAAGAUCGCAUGAAGCUUUUGUUCGACGUUGUGUGCACUUUGACGGAUAUGGCUUACAUUGUGUUCCAUGCCGCGAUUAGAACGGUUGGAGAAAUGGCGUUUUUGGAAUUCUAUGUGAGACAUAGUGAUGGAAAUCCGGUUAAUUCAGAACCGGAGAGACAACGUUUGAUUCAAUGUUUACAAGCCGCAAUUGAAAGAAGGACGGUUAAGGGUGUGAGGUUGGAGUUAUGCACGGCGGAUAGACCUGGAUUGUUAGCUCAAGUGACACGAGUAUUGAGGGAGAAUGGAUCAAACAUUGCUAGAACUGAGAUAUCAACAAAAGACGGUAUAGCAAGGAAUGUGUUUUAUGUCACAGAUGCAAAUGGCAACCUUAUUGAUCCUGAGAUUAUCAAAUCAAUUAGAGAGAAGAUUGGAAUCGAAGAUCUAAGUGUUUCAGAACUGUUUCCGAUUAGUUGCCGAGGAUCAAUUGAGAAGGAAAAACAACAAGAACCACAUAAUCACCUAGGACACAAUGGAGGAGGGACGGUGUUGGUUUCACUUGGGAGUUUGGUGAUGAGAAAUCUAUACCAAUUGGGUUUGAUCAAAUCAUAUUUUUAG